CAUUUAUAGUUUCCAGAGUUGCUAAUCUGCACUUUGUUUUCCUUUGAUGCAGAGAGAUGCUAUCUUUUUCUUAUGUUGAAUGGAGACAACCUCAAACAACAUUAUUGUAUUCCCAACCGCUUCAAUUUUGCUGUCAUAAGAAAAAAUACUUGUCGUUGAAUGGAAAAAGAGGAGUUGGAUGAGAAAAGUGAACCAGGUGCAGAGGUGAUUAAUGUAGAUGAGUGAAAAGUGAAUGAGGUGGUAGAAAUGGCGAUUUAUAGUAAUAGCAAGGUGGAGGAGGAGAUUUUUAGUAGUACGGUGGAGGGGGAGAUUUAUAGUAAUAGGGAGAUGCAGGAAGUGGUGAUGGUGGGGGUGGGGAUUUAUAGUAGUAAGGAGGAGGUGGUGAAGGAGAUGGUGGAGGGGGAGACUUAUACUGAUAUGGCGGUGGAGGAGAGGGUGAAGGAGGUGGUGGAGAUUUAUAGAUGUAUGGAGGAGGAGGAGAUGGGGAUGGUGGGGGUGGAGAUUGGUAAUGGUAUGGUGGAGGGGGUGAAGAAGGUGGAGGAGGAGACUUAUAUUGAUAAGGGGGUGGGGGAGAAGGUGAUGGAGGCGGUGGGGAUUUAUAGAUGUAUGGAGGAGGAGAUGGGGAUGGUGGGGGUGGAGAUUGGUAAUGGUAUGGUGGAGGGGGUGAAGAAGGUGGAGGAGGAGACUUAUAUUGAUAAGGGGGUGGGGGAGAAGGUGAUGGAGGCGGUGGGGAUUUAUAGAUGUAUGGAGGAGGAGAUGGGGAUGGUGGGGGUGGAGAUUGGUAAUGGUAUGGUGGAGGUGGUGAAGAAGGUGGAGGAGGAGACUUAUAUUGAUAAGGGGGUGGGGGAGAAGGUGAUGGAGGCGGUGGGGAUUUAUAGAUGUAUGGAGGAGGAGAUGGGGAUGGUGGGGGUGGAGAUUGGUAAUGGUAUGGUGGAGGUGGUGAAGAAGGUGGAGGAGGAGACUUAUAUUGAUAAGGGGGUGGGGGAGAAGGUGAUGGAGGCGGUGGGGAUUUAUAGAUGUAUGGAGGAGGAGAUGGGGAUGGUGGGGGUGGAGAUUGGUAAUGGUAUGGUGGAGGUGGUGAAGAAGGUGGAGGAGGAGACUUAUAUUGAUAAGGGGGUGGGGGAGAAGGUGAUGGAGGCGGUGGGGAUUUAUAGAUGUAUGGAGGAGGAGAUGGGGAUGGUGGGGGUGGAGAUUGGUAAUGGUAUGGUGGAGGUGGUGAAGAAGGUGGAGGAGGAGACUUAUAUUGAUAAGGGGGUGGGGGAGAAGGUGAUGGAGGCGGUGGGGAUUUAUAGAUGUAUGGAGGAGGAGAUGGGGAUGGUGGGGGUGGAGAUUGGUAAUGGUAUGGUGGAGGUGGUGAAGAAGGUGGAGGAGGAGACUUAUAUUGAUAAGGGGGUGGGGGAGAAGGUGAUGGAGGCGGUGGGGAUUUAUAGAUGUAUGGAGGAGGAGAUGGGGAUGGUGGGGGUGGAGAUUGGUAAUGGUAUGGUGGAGGUGGUGAAGAAGGUGGAGGAGGAGACUUAUAUUGAUAAGGGGGUGGGGGAGAAGGUGAUGGAGGCGGUGGGGAUUUAUAGAUGUAUGGAGGAGGAGAUGGGGAUGGUGGGGGUGGAGAUUGGUAAUGGUAUGGUGGAGGUGGUGAAGAAGGUGGAGGAGGAGACUUAUAUUGAUAAGGGGGUGGGGGAGAAGGUGAUGGAGGCGGUGGGGAUUUAUAGAUGUAUGGAGGAGGAGAUGGGGAUGGUGGGGGUGGAGAUUGGUAAUGGUAUGGUGGAGGUGGUGAAGAAGGUGGAGGAGGAGACUUAUAUUGAUAAGGGGGUGGGGGAGAAGGUGAUGGAGGCGGUGGGGAUUUAUAGAUGUAUGGAGGAGGAGAUGGGGAUGGUGGGGGUGGAGAUUGGUAAUGGUAUGGUGGAGGUGGUGAAGAAGGUGGAGGAGGAGACUUAUAUUGAUAAGGGGGUGGGGGAGAAGGUGAUGGAGGCGGUGGGGAUUUAUAGAUGUAUGGAGGAGGAGAUGGGGAUGGUGGGGGUGGAGAUUGGUAAUGGUAUGGUGGAGGUGGUGAAGAAGGUGGAGGAGGAGACUUAUAUUGAUAAGGGGGUGGGGGAGAAGGUGAUGGAGGCGGUGGGGAUUUAUAGAUGUAUGGAGGAGGAGAUGGGGAUGGUGGGGGUGGAGAUUGGUAAUGGUAUGGUGGAGGAGGUGAUAGUGAUGGAGGGGGCGGUGAUUUAUAAUAGUAAGGUGGAGGUCGUGAAGGAGAUGGUGGAGGAGGAGACUUGUAUUGAUAUGGGGGUGGAGGAGAGGGUGAUGGAGGUGGUGGGGAUUUAUAGAUGUAUGGUGGAGGAGGAGAUGGGGAUGGUGGGGGAGGAGAUUGGUAAUGGUAUGGGGGAGGGGGUGAUGGUGAUGGCGGGGGUGGAGAUUUGUAAUGAUAUGGUGGUGGAGGUGAUGGUGAUGGUGGUGGAGGUGAUGGUGAUGGUGGGGGAGGUGAUUUAUAAUAGUAAGGAGGAGGUGGUGAAUAAGAUGGUGGAGGAGGAGACUUAUAUUGAUAGGGUGGUGGAGGAGAAGGUGAUGGAGGUGGUGGGGAUUUAUAAGAUGUAUGGUGGAGGAGGUGAUGGUGAUGGCGGGGGUGGAGAUUGGUAAUGAUAUGGUGGAGGAGGAGCUGGUGAUGGUGGGGGCGGUGAUUUAUAGUAGUAAGGAGGAGGUGGUGAAGGAGAAGG